UACUGCUAUUUUAAUUAUCUUUUGUAAAUUAAUCUCUGUUCCAAAUACAUUUUUGUUAAAUUAAUAAACAACCAAUUACGUUUACAUAAAUUGAAUAUGGUUCUUAUGAAACGUUUGUAGUUAAAUUAGUGAUUAAUCGUUUUAUUAUAAGAAUAGUAUACAAUUUAAUUGUGUUCAUUUUUCGAUUUAAAAAUGCGUUUUAAAUCGACAAUACUAAAAGAACUCGUGGACCAAUGUGUUGUUUGUAUUGGUUGGACAGGAUACGAUGAAAUCGUCAUUGGAAGAAGUGAUUUUACGCUCUCAAAAUGGAGCCAAGCCACAAAGGAAAUUAUUAAAUUAUGCGAUUUACCAGAUCAAUCAUAUCCUGUGGACUUGCAUAUGUUACCUAACGCGCAGAGAGCUACAAACAAGAUCGCAGGAACCGAACAAAUUCUAAUUACUUCGUCGAACGGCAAGUUACAUUUAAUGAGCAAGACUACGAAAGUUGAUAAAACCAUUGAUGCCCAUGAAGGAAAUGUAACGGUCGGAAAAUGGAGUCCAGAUGGUUCAACUUUACUGACAGCCGGAGAAGACGGUUGCAUGAAGAUAUGGUCCCGUAUCGGAAUGCUGAGGACGAAACUGGUCGUGAACGGCGAGCCGAUAAUGUCCGCCGACUGGAACUCGGAUUCGUCCAAGAUCGUGUACACUCAACACGACGCGCUGUGCAUUAAAUCGUUGAAAGCCAACGUGAAACCGAUCAGAAUACGGGCCCACGGUGAUCUUAUACACAAGGUGUCGUGGUGCAAAGCAAACGAACUCAUUGUAUCGGGAGGCGAAGACUGUUACUACAAGAUUUGGGACGAGUAUGGGAAUUCUGUAUUUACAAGCGAAAAAUGUACUCAUCCGGUCACAUCUUUAAGUUGGAAGUCGGACGGAAAUUUGCUAGCAGUGAGCUUUUACAGCACAAUUAUACUUUGUAAUCAAUACGGGACAGUUUUGUCAAUAGAUUACGUUGACUGCGGUAGUAUUUGUAACCUUUGUUGGUCACCGGACGGUACCCAAGUAGCCGCUGCUUGCGCCAACGGAAGAUUGAUGGUUUCCACUCUCAUAGAAAGAAGCGUUUCUCAACAUGAUUUCCAUGGUACAAUUAUAUCACGAAAGACAAUGGUCGUGAAAGACCUACUUAACGAAACUAAAGAAAAUCUUGAUUUUCCCGAACGUAUUGUUCACGCGGCCAUGAAGCAUAAUCAUUUAAUAGUUACCACGCGAACGCAGUGUUUUGUUUAUCAAAUUUCCAAUCUGAAUACGCCGCAAAUUAUCAAUUUAAAAGACGUACACGUGUUCAUGAUCGUUCUGACGAAAAAGUUCUUCGCUAUAUUCUCAACGAGCAAUGUGAACAUCUAUACGUUCGAUUGUAAAUUAGUCUCGUCUCCUAAAUGGCCGAGCAUGCAAUGCGACGCGAUCCAAAAGAGCCACGUAUCCAUGUCCGAUCAUAUGUUAGCCGUAAGGGACCAACUGAACGAUAAAUCGAUCCACGUUUUCGAAAUAGUACCGUUGAACGCGUUGCCCGGGAUAAAACACGGGUUCCCCGUUACCGAUGUUCAGCUGAUGACUACCAAAAGCCCGGACAAACGGUAUUUGGCGUUGAUCGAUUCGAGCAUGAACAUAUUCAUCGUUCACGUGGGACACAAGGAUGGUGUUGGAACGUACAAACUCGGUUCAAUGUUUCAUAGCAUGUGCUGGAACGAUCAAACGGAAUCCUUAGCCGCGCUCCAGUACACCAAUUUGAUAGUGUGGUACGACCCUUUGCUGCUGUUGAACGAUCAGAUCCUCGUGCGGAAGUCAUUGGAAAAAAGUGAUUUGAGUUUUUACGGGAAUAAGUUAAACAUCGAGUCUUACAACGAAAAUUUGGUGGGCUUGACCAACACGGACGGCGUCAAGAUUUACGUACAAGUGUCUCCGUACCUGGAAGCAAUGAAAAACUAUAUCGGUGCAGGCAAAUGGAUGGAAUGCCGGAACGUGUGCAGGAGUGUGAAGAACGAAGCUAUGUGGGCCCUUCUGGCUGGUGCCGCAGUGUCGGCCAAACAGUUGGACACCGCGGAAGAGUGUUUCCUCGCCAUCGGACAGAUCGAACGAGCCAUGUUUAUUCAACACAUUAAGACCAUGUCCGAUAGAACUGUCCAAGAGUCAUUGCUCGCUAUGCUCUCCGGGAAGAUAUCGGACGCUGAAUCGAUUCUGCUCAGGAAUGGGUACACGUUGAAAGCUAUCAUGUUUAAUAUUCAAAUACAUAAUUGGACAAGAGUUUUGGAAUUAGCGGUAAAACAUAAAAAAUACUUAAAUUUAGUUAUUUAUGAAAGAAGAAAAUAUUUAGAAUUUUAUAAAAAACAAGAAACAAAUGAAAAGUUUUUAAAAUACUCAAAUGUGGAAAUCGAUAAUGAAGAAAUCCUGAAAGAAAUCGAAAAUGAAGAACAUAUGUGAAAUAGUUUAUAAUAUAUUGCUCAUAUUACAGUAUAUAUAUUAUACAUGUUAUAAUUUUACUUUAAUCACGUAUUUAUUAUCUAUAACAUACAAUAGACACCUGGAUACAAAGAUACAAAUGUAAAUUACAUUAUGUAAUAUCAUUCCAACUCAGAAUUUUAUGAUAAAAGUUAGAGUAUUUUUUUGGAUUAGAUUUGUUCGAGUUUGUGCUCGAUUUUCAGCGUUUUUGUAGAAAAAUCAAAUAUCAUAUUUAAAAAAAUAAAGGUACUUGAAUACCUAUUUGUUUUUUUCAAUUGGUAUUUAGAUUCUUCCGGAAGAACAAAUAUUUUAUGUUAUUCAAACAGGUUAUAUUAAAUAAUUUAUGUAUACCUGUUCGUAAAAUAAAAAGUCUUGACUGACUUAUUCAUAAUGCACAGCCUAUAAUAUGAUAGUUAACGACUUGCAAUUUUCAACGUGUUUUUAUUAUAGUCUACGCAAGCAGUAAGAAAUAAUUUUAAAUAAUUUUUGAAAUAGACAAAAACCAAAAUUUAAGCAGUUGAAUUUUUAAGUUUUUCGUUUUCUCUACUUGUAAUCUUGCGACUCUAUAUCAUGUGACGUGU